AUCCUUUCCCACUUCCCCUGGCCCGGCGGCACCAUGACGGCGUCUCCCGACUACCUGGUGAUCCUUUUUGUGACCACGGCGGGCACCAACGGGGCGAGGCUAGGCUCGGAUGAGCGAGAGCUGCUCCAGCUCUUGUGGAAGGUGGUCGACCUGAGGACUAAGAAGCUGGGGCACCCGCAUGAUGUGCUGGUCCGCCCCGACCACCCGGAGCUGACGGCUGAGUGCCACGAGGUCACCAAGGUGGACGUGGAGAGCCUGGCACAGGCUCCAUCGCUGGAGCAGGCAUUGAGACAGUUUAAUCAGUCUGUGAGCAAUGAGCUGAACAUCGGUGUAGGUACUUCCUUUUGUUUCUGUACUGAUGGACAGUUGCACAUCAGACAGGUUCUGCAUCCUGAAACUUCCAAAAAGAAUAUCUUACUGCCUGAAUGCUUCUACUCCUUUUUUGACUUGCGGAAAGAGUUCAAGAAGUGUUGCCCUGGCUCACCUGACAUCAGCAAACUGGAUGUUGCGGCCAUGACAGAAUAUUUAAAUCUUGACAAGAACAGUUCAGCACUCGCCUAUGGAGCCUCUCGAGUUGAAGAUAUGGGGAACAUUAUUUUAACACUAAUAUCUGAACCAUAUAAUCACAGGUUUUCAGAUCCAGAAAGAGUGAACUACAAAUUUGAAAGUGGGCCUUGCAGCAAGAUGGAGCUUGUGGACGACAACGCUGUCAUCCGAGCAAGAGGGCUCCCCUGGCAGUCAUCUGACCAAGACAUAGCAAAGUUCUUCAAAGGCUUAAAUAUUGCCAAGGGAGGUGCUGCACUCUGCCUCAAUGCCCAAGGUAGAAGGAAUGGGGAGGCUCUCGUCAGGUUUGUAAAUGAAGAGCAUAGAGAUCUAGCGCUGCAAAGACACAAGCAUCACAUGGGAAACCGAUACAUUGAGGUAUACAAGGCAACAGGUGAAGAUUUCCUGAAAAUCGCAGGAGGCACUUCCAAUGAGGUUGCACAGUUCUUAUCAAAAGAAAACCAAGUGAUAGUCAGGAUGCGGGGUCUUCCUUUCAACGUGACAACAGAAGAAGUACUGGCAUUCUUUGGCCAGCACUGUCCUGUAACAGGAGGGAAGGAGGGAGUCCUAUUCGUCACAUACCCUGACAGCAGGCCAACAGGGGAUGCCUUUGUGUUGUUUGCUUGUGAGGAAUAUGCACAGAAUGCACUGAAAAAGCAUAAGGACUUGCUUGGAAAAAGGUACAUUGAACUCUUCAGGAGCACUGCAGCAGAAGUUCAGCAGGUGCUGAAUAGGUACUCUUCCACACCUCUCAUUCCUCUCCCAACACCUCCUAUUCUUCCAGUAUUACCUCAGCAGUUUGUGCCUCCCACUAAUGUCAGAGACUGCAUACGUUUGCGUGGACUUCCCUAUGCUGCCACUAUUGAGGACAUCCUGGAUUUCUUGGGAGAGUUCUCUACAGACAUUCGGACCCACGGCGUUCACAUGGUGCUAAAUCACCAGGGACGUCCAUUGGGAGACGCUUUUAUUCAGAUGAAAUCUGCAGACAGAGCUUUUCUGGCUGCACAGAAGUGUCAUAAGAAGACUAUGAAGGACAGAUACGUUGAAGUCUUUCAAUGUUCUGCUGAGGAGAUGAACUUUGUGUUAAUGGGGGGCACUUUAAAUCGAAAUGGCUUGUCCCCACCACCAUGUAAGUUACCAUGCCUUUCACCCCCUUCUUACUCCUUUCCGGCUCCUUCUGCAGUCGUGCCAACAGAAGCAGCUCUAUAUCAGCCAUCUGUACUCCUGAACCCGCGGACGUUCCAGCCCUCCACAGCAUACUACCCUGCUGGGGCUCAGCUCUUCAUGAACUACACGGCGUACUACCCCAGCAUGCAGCAGAGGAUGGACUUGUACGCACAGGUGAUCCGGCCAGGAGAGUGUCCAAGGAAUGGAUUUGCAUUUAAAGGUCCCAGCAGUUAGACUUCCUUAGAGAAGAUUCCUCCAACCUUUCUGGUGGCUCAAAGAACUGCAGCAAGUCUAGAGUGGAGAUCCUGAUUAUUUUCCCUGGUUGCUACUGCUCAAACCAUUUGUGCUCAAGAAAAGUCAUCAGAAAUUUGGAAAUCAUCGUAUGGGCUUCUAAGUCUUUAAGUUAGUGCACAAUUUUCAUAGGUACACACAUUGUCAUCAGAUCACCAGGCCCCUCACUGGGAGCACAGAUGUUGAACUCGCACAGUUCCUCCAGGUUUCUUGUUGAAUAAAUAAAGUAUUAAGCUGCUCUUAACAUCGAAAUAGUUUAGCCUGGACUUACAAACUCUAGCAAUAGAUCCUUUGGAAUAUAAAAGAGCUUUUAAAAUUAAUCUUGCACACAUAUCAAACUUCUUGAAAUGUUUUUUUAAGAACUAAUUUUGUAUUUGAUAUUUUUAUCGAAGUGUUGCCUUGUACAUGUUUGUCUGAUAGUUCUGUGCAAAAGAAGUCUCUGUAUGCAUGCUUGGUCUUUCAUCUUCUGUUUAAGAGAAGGAAUUGGGACCUGGUGUGAGGCCCAGCACCCAGCCUGUUUUAAGGGAGCAUGGUUUAUUUACAUCUUCAUUACACUGUUAUGGGUAUGGAGAAGUGGGGUCUGCUGCAGAUGUUGAGCUUCACCUGGGUUCUUUCUUCUGCUAUGCAGCUGGGGGCAAGAGAUGCUGUUGUGUUCUGUGGUGCCUGUGUGGGUGCUGGGGUGGGCUGUGCCCCUCUGCUCCACCUUGUACAGAUAGAGAGGUGGAGUUCUAGGGUUCUUGCUUGUUUCUGUGGCUACCUGUAAAGCUAUUUGGGCAGGGUCAUCUUAUGUUCCUCUGAAGCAGCAAAUGGUUAUGGGAUGGCCAAAUGCAUAGCAGUGCCUUGCUUAGUACAAAAGUACAAGGGGAACAAAGAGGGUGGCAAAGCAGAGAAAGCCUUCCAGACAAGGUGAGUGAUGGUGGAAAUUAGGCUGUAUCUCUCUUUAAAAAUUAACAUUUCCACCUUCAUUUUCUUCCCCUAUUUCCUCCUCUCCUCUUUCUUGUGAGAUAUCUUCCCCCUAAAAACACCAACAAAAUAGAACCAUGCUACCAUCUCAGCAAUCUAGAUUUAAAUUUUCUUCUGGGAUGCUUUACACUGAGUCUGAUGUCUGAAUAUUUAUGCACUUCCUUUAGGUUUUCGCAGGAGCUUACUGUUAAGAGUUGCUUAAAUGGGGUUUUGUCUAAUGCUGCUUUCCAUGAUUGAGGUAUCAGUCUGCCUGACACGAUACAAUGCUGUUUGACCAGGAACAGUACAAUCUUUUCCUUGUUUUAAUACAAUGUUAAAAAAUAAGAGAAUUCCAUCACAAGUUUUUUUCCUACUAAAAAUUCCUUUCAUUUAGAGUUGGAAUUUUUUUUUUUUGAGUGUAGAGGAGUUCCUAAAACUCCCACCUAAUGUUUUAUUCUUCUAGUGGCACUUUUGCACAAGGAGUGAUGGAAGGAGGGCAGUCUCCCCUGUAAGCCCUUGCUCCAGCAGCCAUGCAGGACUGUGGCUGCUCCUUGGGGUGUGCUGGCAGUGCCAUGCUGCUCUGGGGGCCUAGAAACAUCCCACUGGCUCUAAUGGGAUCUGCCACUGCACGUGGGAAAUGCUCACUUUUUUGAAAAAGCAGAUAGUGCUUUUCCAGGGGGCUGCCUAACAGUCUUCCCUCUGAUAAGGAGGCUCUGUUAUUGGUGCCUUUUUGGCCACUUUUGAUAACAGUGAAGUUUCUUAUCUCACAUUUCCUACAAUGCAGGUUGAGCCACCAAAAUCAGACCGUUUCUAAGCUACUGAAUACUUGAAGUGUUUCAGUUUUAUUUUGGACUGUGGAUGUCAGUUUUUCUUCUUUUCAGAGACUGCAAGCUGAAAGUAAAUAUGCAUUGAUUAAUACAACUUGCACACAAAUACCCCAAGUCUGUAAGCAUGUAAUUAGUACUCUCUAAUAAAAGCUGCAUCUGGUCUGCUGCCUGACGUCCCUGCAUCACUGUGCCCAGAGUGGACUCAGCUCCCACCAAAGGAGCUGGGAGCAUUCAGUGUGGUUCAAGCUUCCUUCUGGCUUUUUUCACCUCUGGUUUGUGAUGUUGGUCGGUGAUGGUGAGGUGCUGGAUUGCAAAGCAGCUGCAGAGUCAGUGCAAACCUGCUCAAAAGGUCUGGACUGGGAAUCAGUAAAAUGUAAAGAAACAUCAGGGUCACGUGGGGAAAAAGUGAUUAACUGCCAGUCAAAUGUAUUAUUAAAGUAAUUAAAUAUCAACCAAAUUGAAUGUCAUUUAUUUCUGUGCUGUCUGGGCUGUGCAUGUCAGCCUGGCUAGGCAAGAUGCAACAGCCCUCUGUAGCCCU